AUGUUACGAAUACGUUACACCUAUGUAGUGCUACUUCUCUACAUGAUUAUAAUUUUGCUAGCUUCAUCAGACGGAAGGAGAAAAAAAAAAGGUGUCCAAAAGGAACUCGCCGGGCGGCGCUCCUUUCUUGGUCCGGGCAUAAACAUACGUGAAGUGAAGAUACACGAGCAGUGGAAAAAAAAAAAAAACACACUGGAGUCAAAGUUGGGCGUAAAAUUGAAAUUCACCUUAAAAUCGACUUCCACGUCGACGUCAACGCCAGAGUCUACAACGCCAACUUCGACAACGCCGAAGGGGGAAUUGCCCUUCCCGUAUGACAGUGUGAGAAUAGGCCAGGGCUACGACAUUCACCAGAUACGGGUCGGCCCCCCGGAAGACAUCACCGCUGACUCCACCGCGGACUACACAGCGCAUGCGAACAAGCAGAAUUUCAAAAGGCUGACCAUCGGGGGGGUGCAAUUGGACAACAUUUCUGUCCUGUCGCACAGCGAUGGGGACGUCAUUUUUCACGCAUUAGUGGAUGCCCUACUUGGCGGCAUGAAUUGUUCGGACCUGGGAACCCUCUUUCCUGAUGGAUCAGAAAAAUAUAAAAAUAAAAACUCACUUUCCUUUUUAAGAUAUGCCAGACUACUUUUGUAUAAAAAGAAUUACGCCAUCGCAAAUGUAGACAUCAUCGUCAUUGCGGAAGUUCCAAAAAUAAGUCCCAUUAGGGAGCAGAUUGUUCGAAAUAUAUCUUCUGCCCUGGGCAUCUCGGAAUCGCAGAUCUCCCUCAAAGGAAAAACACACGAACAGCUCGGCCCCAUCGGACAGAAAAAGGCAAUCGAGUGCUUCGCAAAUGCCCUUUUAAUUCGAAAAAAAUCAGAAAAAAUUUGA